ACGUCUCCCCCGGUCAGACCCCUCUAGAACCAGGUACAUCUUCCCCUCAUGGGAGGGAUAUAUGCGGUACCUGCGGCAUCGGCGUCCCGAUACCGGGCUCCCCGACAGCCGAUGGCUAUGUAUGUUGUGUACUACAUACCAUGACGAGGACAAGGGAUUGGUGUUGUUACGCCGCGAUAUAUGCAACAGCGGGAGACAAAUGGCUCCUGGGGGUGAGUGGUGAUUGGAUGCGGAGGACAGCGCCCAAGUCUGACUGGACGAGCUAUUCAUCAGUCCUUGACCAAGUUUACUGCAUGAGCAAUGAAUAUAGAGAAAAGGGUGAUCGGAGGUGCAGGAAGAGCAGGAACACCCGGUACCUUUUUCGUGAAUAUGCAGUAGGCGAUAGGCGGUAGGGUCUUGAUCACGGCACUCUUUUGCUUCUUUCUGUUCACUUUCGACUGGGGGUACUUCGCAAUCGGAUCCCUGAGGGUCAAUGGGUGGGUCUCGAAGAUGUUCGGUGUGCAGGUUGCCAUUGCAUACGCAUGAGGGAUGUUGAUGUUUAUAACCCCAGAUGAUGAGGGCUAUCUUGAUUGAACAGUUCAUAUAUGCUGACGUUUGGUCCCUAAUGGCGAUCGACAGUCUUGCGUUUCUCGCGAGGAAACGUUUCUGAGGAGUCCAGGUAGAUGCUUUCUGCAUGGGACCGAUGACGAGUACAUGUUUCCAGCUGCUAAUGAAAGUGAGAGAUUUGUGCUGUUCUACGUGCAAAUCCCUGGCUUCAGAGCCCUCGUUUGUGAUGAGUCCAGCAGACGAUUGGAUAGAGUCGAGUAAGCAGUUUAUACAAUUUGGGAU